AUGACAAGAUCACCUAAUGGACCGCCAAUAUGUGAUCUCCCGUCUUGGGACAUCAGCCUAAACCUCGACUCGAGGCCGCCCUUCAACCCGUAUCUGCAAGAUCCCAGCAAUCCUAACGUCGUGCACAAUAUGGACGAAGACACGGACACCUCCACGUCUUCGACUUGGAUCCCCCAGGGCCCUACUAAGCAAGGCUUUCUCAUCCACCCGGACCGUCCUCGAGAGCACCUCCGGUCCAAGGUCCCUCCCUCUAUCGCCACGCACCGCGGCAGCCUGUGGAUGAUCUGGACCGACUUUGAUGAUCAGGUGUGGUACAGCUCUACCAGAUCCGAGGGCAAUAGUGACUCUUUUGGACGGCCGGAGAAGUUUCCCUACCAUGAGGGCAAAGGGAAGAAUGGUGUCCCCAUGAUAGCCAACCUCAAUGGCGUCUUGCACGCCAUCAUCGUCUCCGCGGACACUGGCUCCAUGGCCCACUACAUCAACGACGCGGACGACGAAAGGUUCAUCCAGCAAGGGCCUCUACCCGAUGGCUGCAUUGCUGCAAAGAGCAGCAGAGGACCAGCCCUGGCGGCCUUCCACAACAAGCUGUACCUAGCGUUCAUUGGACCAGACAACAAGCUGUCCUACAACCAAUGGGACGCCGACGCCCGGGUCUGGUCAACCACCCAGAACAUCUGCAGCGGCGAAUUCCAGGGGAAGCCGGCGCUCUUCGUGCUCAAUGGGGCGCUGCACGUUCUCUGUGAGGCAGCCACCCCUAGCGGCGACAUCCUCGGCUACAGAUACGGCUACAGUGAGUCCGGAUGGGCAUGGAAUCCGGCGGACGACGUCUCGGAGGGGCGGGCCACGCGCGGCGUCAGUGCGGCCUCGUAUGGCGGGUGCGCCUAUCUGGGCUUCCUCAAGGCCGACGCCGUCUACGUGGCGGCGCACGCCGACGGCCGGACGUGGGACGAACCGGAGCGCGUGGGAAGCGACUCUGUGAUGGCGCGUUUUGCACCGCAGAUGGCGGUCGUGAAUGGCCGGGUGCACUGUGUCUUUGCGGGCAAGUGGAAGGGGGACCUGCGCUGGUUCAGCAAGCCUGUCUUGGGCUACGACCUCAAGACGUGGAUGGGCUCGCUCAGUGAUGGGGCCUGGCUGAGCAAUCUGACUAUCCCUGGGACGCAUGACAGCUGCGCCAGGAGUAAUGUGCCCUUUGUGCGGACGCAGUAUCUAAGUAUCUCGCAACAGCUUGCGCUGGGCAUACGGUUCUUUGACCUACGGUUGAGGAGACAUGAUGAUGGGAAGCUUUACUGUUAUCAUGGCGGGGUGCCUAUCAACCUGCCCAAGGGACUGUCAUUCGAGAGCGUCAUGGACGAAAUAUGGGAGUUCAUCGGGCCUAAAGACGGCAAGAAAGCUACGGAGACAGUCCUGAUAUCUAUCAACAACGACGACAGGUCGAAGGAGCAGAAAGCCAGCCCAAAGACCUUCUACAACGCCGUCAAGGAGGCCAUCAAUAGCACACCCGCGUACCCUGACGGGUCGGAGAGAUGGCACACUGAGCCGGUGACGGCCAGGCUGGGCGACGUCCGGGGCAAGGCCGUGCUCCUGCGGCGCUACUACGGCGACACGGACGUCGAGCCAACGGAGAGGAUUGGCCUCGACCUCGAGGAGUGGGAGCAGGACAACCCGGACUUCACCAUCGUCACGCCGAGCGGCGUCCGGGUACGGCUGCAAGACAAGUGGAAGUACUCGAAACGCAGCGGGCUCGAGGAGCUGGUGACGUCCAAGCUGGGCUACGUUCGGGCCAUGAUGGAGAGGGCGCUCGGGACGCUGCCAGACUCGGACGACGGCGAGGAAAGCGCCGGCAAGGUCUUCGAGCCGGAGAAGACGUGGUACAUUAACUUUUGCUCAGCCGUCGGUGAGCCGGUCGAGCACGGCGAGGUCGCCGAGGCGAAGUGGAUUGCCGUGGGCGGUCACACCAUGCGCUUCUUCGGCAAGUGGGUAGAGGGCAUCAAUGUCAGGACAAGGGACUAUCUCCGUGAGCUGGACGAGGGGGCCGGGAGAGGAGGGACCAGGCGGCUGGGCGUGAUCAAUUUGGAUUACCCUGAACUCCCUGAGGAUAGUGAUCUGGUGGCUCGGCUGAUUGAGACGAAUUUCUGA